ACAACAAACAGAGUGAAGCCUUUAAAUCUGAAACCGAUGCCGGAACAGCCAACAUAUUUCACAUUACGGUCAGCAACGAAUGCAGUUCUACAGAAAUGUCCUUCAAAAUGUAUUGAAGCUGUUAUGAGCACACCACGAAUGCAGUACUGGACACUUACCGAAUGCAACAUUCUGUGUGAGGAUGAACGUACGCUUUCACACAUUCCUUUCUUGGGCGACCACGAAGAUGAUGUUGGCUUUGGCGAAGAAUUAUUGAAAACUUUUCAGGAAGUGAGUGUAUUAAAGAUAUAA